GGAGUACAGAAACGUUUGACACCAACAGAAAUCUCACUCCACACUGGACCUGGACAGGUCUGAGUUUUCUAACCAGUUGUCCAGAAAACACACAACGCGAGUCAGAGGGAUUCUUAUACAUGGACCUCAUGUCUGCACUGCAAAAACUCAAAAUCUUACUGAGUAUUUUUAGUCUAGAUUCUAGUUUAAAUAAGUUAGUACAUUUGAAAUAAGACCAAACUAAGAACUAUCUACUAUGUGCUCUAACCGACAAUCCAACAUGGCCGCCAAAUUGAUUUAUUUAUUUUUUUCAAAAGUCCUAGUUUGAUUACAUUGUUUCUAAUCCAUCUUAAUUGGAUUAGAUUAUUUUUUUACUAAUUUUCAAUAUUUAAAAGAUUUUCCAGAUCCAGUGAUAAAAAUUCUUAAGAAAUUAAAAUGUUUUUAUCUUUGAGAGGAUAAACUCACAUAAAUAUGUCGUUAUUAUGAUAUUAGUUGCAAAUAGUCUCAAAAUGACAAUAUUAUAGUUUAUUGAAAUCAUUUCUGGGUGAGUUUAUCAUCCAGUAAAGUCCGUUAUGGUGACAGGCCCGGUUCUGAUCGGAGGGUCUUGUGUUCAUCAGCAGGUGGAGAGAUCUGAGGAAGACGAUUCCUCUUCAUCUGAACGCUCCUCAGCCUCAGAGUCCCACUGCGCUCAGCUCCGUUUGCAGCUUUGCUCUCAUUAAGCCUGAUUAUUCAGCCGCACUUUGUUAAUAAGACGCUGCACUUUGCAUGAAUAUUAAUCUCCACUAUGGGACUCUGGGGGCCUCCGCAGCUCUGAGCUUCUCUGGAAAACCUUCAGUUCAGCUCCUUCACAAUAAAAGCUGAAAGUCAAAGAGGAGCAUCAGUGGAAAACAGGAGCUGAUGAUGAUGAUGAUGAUGAAGAUGAUAAAGAUAACUAUGAUGAUGCUGUGCAGCUCUUACUGUCUCUCAUCUGGGGCUACAGAAGCUCCUCAGUCACCUUCAAAUUAAUAGCCUUUUCUUAUAACACCAGCAGAUUUAAGAGAAAUUAAAUUUUCUGCACCUUUAGUUUCAGAUUUUCUACUGGACUUCAGGAGUCAUCACAGACUGAGCAGCAGCUCUAUGAGCGACACCUACUGUCCUACAGGUGGCGCCGUCCGGCGUGAGAGGCGCCGUCCGGCGUGAGAGGCGCCAGCGCUGUAAACAGCCCUGCAGGUCCAGGUGUCACCGUCAGGUCAUGUGACUGACUGUAGCUCAUCUCCAUCAGCGCCACAUAAACCAGAAGGUCUGAGCACCACAGCCUGGUUCCCAGCCUGGAGAACCAACCCAGUUACAAACAAACAGCUCAGCAUGAAGUUCGGCUAAAGGCUGGGGAUAGUUCUGAAAACACGGAGAAGAACCGAUUCAGAACCAGGCAGGAGGAUAACGAGCUGCAGGCUGGCUCAGAGCAGCAGGUGCAUCACAGGAACUGUUUACAGAAGAUUCAGAUUUCAGUUGAAUGAAUAAAAAGCAGAAAGACAAGCUGCUGCUGACUGGUAAACAUCAGGACAUGUUUCACCUGGACAACUAAUUCUGGACAGGAUCCAACAAACACUAGAAUCAGAACCAGCUCUUUAUGAAAACCUGGGCAGAGACCAGUCAGAAAAACCUGGCAGCGACAGAAACUGGAUGAGAGGAAAAUCAGCCCAGUUCAUACCCGGGAGCUCCAGUGGAAGGCAACUGGACUUCUUCUCUUGUUCCUCUGAGAUGUUUAUCCAAAACAAAACAAAUCUGAACAUGGUUGGAAGUACGUCAGUCAGAACCAUCACAAUAAUACGGUUCUUAAGACCACUAAUAACUGCCUUUGAUUCAUAAUAAUUGAAACAUUGUUCAACAUUAAUCAGCAAUAUUUGAUGUGUAUUGAUGAAUGGCAUUUGACAAUUUGACUAAUAGGGCUGCUGGGGUCACUAAUAGGGCUGUUGGGGUCACUAAUAGGGGUGUGGGGUCACUAAUAGGGCUGCUGGGGUCACUAAUAGGGGUGUGGGGUCAUUAAUAGGGCUGCUGGGGUCAUUAAUAGGGGUGUGGGGUCAUUAAUAGGGCUGCUGGGGUCACUAAUAGGGGUGUUGGGGUCAUUAAUAGGGCUGCUGGGGUCACUAAUAGGGGUGUUGGGGUCAUUAAUAGGGCUGUUGGGGUCAUUAAUAGGGGUGUGGGGUCAUUAAUAGGGCUGUUGGGGUCAUUAAUAGGGCUGUUGGGGUCAUUAAUAGGGCUGUUGGGGUCAUUAAUAGGGCUGCUGGGGUCACUAAUAGGGCCGUUGGGGUCACUAAUAGGGGUGUGGGGUCACUAAUAGGGCUGCUGAGGUCAUUGGGGCUGUUAAGGUCGUGGACAUGAAGCCGUCUCCUCUGAUCUGUAAUGUAAAUGGAGCGGUGGUUCUGGAGACGAUGAGCUGGUUAUUCCAUCGGGUUGAGCAGCUGCUCUUCAGUUCCUCUAAUCAUCUAAAUGAAUGCUGAGUGUAGUGGUUUCUGUGGAACCCUGAGAUUCUCAGACCAACUAGAGCUGGAAACCGAAUUCACCAACCAUAUGGUCGGGUUUUUAUCUGAACCGGUCCAACAUGUUCCACUAAUCAAUCAAUGCAGUCAGACUAACUCUCCUCAUGCUAGUGUCUCUACAUUUAAGCUAACAGCUGUCAGCCUGCUGUUGUUAGAUUAGCAAAGGUCUUCAUGCAUUUAAAUAGAUUUUAUUUUUGUUUGAAUUGUUUUAGAAUGAUGGAGAUAAAAUGAUUUUACAGAACGGAUGUUAAGCAGUGAUGGUGGGACAUUAACAAAUGGGAUGCAAACAUCGUCUCCCAAAUGUUUCCUCUGCUUCCCAAGCUGCAGCUCUCAUUUGCACGUCUCUGCAGCCAAUCAGAUUUGCCGUGAAAUGCGCCUCACACGGCUCCUUCUGUGGCAGCAUAAGCCAUCAGAGAGGGUGAAAACAAAGUGAGAGCAGGAGGCAAACAGACAGCGAGCAGAGCAGGGAACGCAGAGAGGCGGAGGGGGUCCGGAGGGCUGGAGCAGCGGAGGAGAGGAGGAGCUGGAAAAGCACCACAAGAGGCAGACGGCGCUCACAAAUGAGCAGCAAACAGACGGAGGCAGCGACGGCAAACACACCGAGAUCUGGACCAGAACAGAACCGCUCCUGCAGGAACUUUAAGGUCUCUGAGCAUCAGCAGCACCGACACACAUUAAAUCAGCCGGGCGGACAGGAUGCUGCUGUAACUCAGAGCGCCGGCGCCGGCAGGACGGGACGGCAGCGCAUCGACUGGGAGCUUCCAAACUGGGAAACCAGCGGGUCAACUUCCUGGAUCCUAUCCGCGUUUCCAGCUGAGCGAGUCUGGAACCAGAACCUCCAGAUUCUUCAGGCUGGACUGAGCCAAUGUUUGGGUUCUGAGCUCGACCAGAGAGAUCGGUGCAGCUUCGUCAGGUCGAGAGUUUCCUGGUGAGAAUGAGAGACGGGAAGCAGCCAGAGGUCUGAACUUCUCAGAACGUCGACUGGAGAUGAGAUGAAGCCCAGAGCGGGAGGAUGUGACCGGCUCUGACUCUGCUGAAGUUCAGUUUGCUGGAGGCAUCAUGCUGGCCGCCGUCCUGCAGGGGGCGCAGUGGCCAGUGGUGGUUCUGAUGGUGUGUGUGCGGCUGAGUGCGGUUCGGGGCGCCGCCUGCCCGCGCCGUUGCCUCUGCACAGCGGACAUCCUGAGCUGCCCGGCGCUGGAUCUGGACCGGGUCCCCGCAGCGCUGCCGGCCUCCACCGCCACCAUGGACCUGAGCCACAACCGGAUCCAGCAGCUGGAGCCGGGCGGCUUCCAGGGACUGCUGCAGCUGGAGGUGCUGCGGUUGGCCCACAACCAGCUGAGCGCCAUCCAGCCCGGCGCCUUCAGGAACUCCUCCGGACGCCUGAGACACCUGGACCUGUCAUCCAAUCAGCUGCUGGUCCUGAAGCAGAGCGACUUCCAGGAGCUGGCGGCGCUGGAGGAGCUGCUGCUGUUCAACAACCGGAUCAAGCACGUGGAGAGCACCGCCCUGUCCGGACUGACCAGCCUCCGGAAGGCCUACCUCAGCCACAACCGCCUCACCGACUUCCCCUUCUUCAGCAUCCAGACAGGCGGCCACCAGCAGCUGACCCUGCUGGACCUGUCCUCCAACCGGCUGCCCAAGCUGCCGCUGAUGGACAUCUCCGGUCUGCCGCUGGCCCUGCAGGGGGGGCUCUAUCUGCACAACAACUCGCUGGUGUGUGACUGCGCCAUGUUCUCCCUGUUCCGGCUGUGGGAGCAGAAAGGCUUCGCAUCGGUCCGGUUCUUCCGGCAGGAGCACGUCUGCCUGGUUGCUGGAGUCCAGCGCAGCGGCAUCCGCUUUUUCCUGCACCGGAGAUACUUCGAGCGCUGCAACGUGACGGCGGCGCCGCAGCAGGAAGCCAGUGUGUCGGUGAGGGCGGGGGCGCCGCUGCUGCUGCACUGCGUCACAUCUUUGUCCGGCCGCGGUGCCGCCUUUUUCUGGCUCACGCCGCAGCUGGAGUACGUGGCUCCGCCUGGGAACAACGGCUCCAUCAGGAUGUUCGCUAACGGCAGCUUGGCGAUGGCGGAGCCCCAAGAGCAGGACUCUGGGAUCUACGUGUGCGUGGCCCAGGCGAGGCGGCUGAACGAUUCCCGGGAGGUCAACGUGACGGUGCUGCCGCGGCCGGCCUCUGAUGCUGCUGAGCCCUUCAACACGGGCUUCACCACCCUGCUGGGCUGCGUGGUUAGCCUGCUGCUGGUCCUGGUCUACCUGUACCUGACGCCCUGCCGCUGCCCGCCCUGGCCCAGGCCCCGCCCCCUGGCGGCCACCGCCCAGAGCCAGGGCAAGGAGGGCGGAGCGGGCAGCGCCCAGUCCUCCAUCCUCAUGCCGACGCCGCCGGCGUCCACCGAGGGCCCCGGCCGCAAGGUCAGUAGCAACAAGCAUGUUGUGUUUCUGGAGCCAAUCAGAGAGCAGCAGAACGGCCAGCUGGGGGCGGAGCCUCAGCAGCGCGCCAGGGAGACGGACUCUUACAUGUCCGUCUCCCCCGACACGCCCAUCAUGUUGCCAUAGCGACAGGACUCUCAGCGCGAUGGCACAGCCCCUCACCACUUCCUCCCCAACACGCCCUCCCCUCACCAACAACAAGUGCAAUUCUGACCCUGAAUCCUGUUAGCUCAGGUCCGAUCCCUGAGCCCAGAACCGGCGCACUGUGACGGGUCAGAACCGGCCGAGUCCAGACCAAAGACAGAGCAUGAACCGCUGCGUCCCUUUAAGCACGACCUGUCCCUUUAACUGCAGCACCGCCUUCCAGUACCAAACUGUUUUCUAGAGUUCUGUAGCUUCCUGGUUCUGUUCACCAGACCGACAUGUAGGGUCCGAUUAACCAGAACCAACCAGAGGUUCUGGUUCCCUCCUCCACUCUGCCUGGUUUCUGUUUCUACUGUAUGUUCUCACUGCAUCCUCUGCACCUCGUCUGUAUCGCCUAAUAAACCUCCAAACCCAACCUGCCUGGUUUCUGUGUGUGUGUGUCUUUGCGUGCGUGCGUGCGUGUGCGUGUGUGUGUGUGUGUGUGUGUGUGUGUGUGUGCACGCAGCCACAUUCUGCAUGUUCUGCCUGCAGCAGGUCUCUUCCUGCUCCCACACACGAUUCACAGGUUUCCUCUUCUGCUCUGCUGCUGGUUCUGCAGCUUUAAAUCCUCAGUAACUCAGAGAGCCAUUAGAUGGUGAUGCAAAUGAAUAAUUAACUGACUACAUGUUUAAAUGAUGGCAUUAAAUCUACAAGAACUUAAAAACAAAGUAAAUCAGAUGAAUUAUUUACGAUAAACUUCCCAUUGUCAUUCUACAUACUUGCAGGUUUCACUGACUCAAAUUUAAGACUUUUUAUUUUAAGACAUAUAAAAUACAAACUUCAUCUAGCAAACUAGCUUUAGCUAGCUAGCUAGCAGUGAUAAGUUAGCAACUAGGUAGCAGUAGCCUCAAUCGCCUUGAGUCUCUUAAUGCAGCACGACGCCUCCAACCUCAGCCUGAAGGUCUGGUACUGCAUGACGUUUUUGUCAUUAGGACCAGUAGAUUAUUGUUUUAAAGUUGUAGUUUGGUCAAAACUGAUUACACUUAUUCAUCAGUUGUUGUUGACGGGCCAUCCAAAAUCACUCCAGGGGCUGUAAAUGGCCCCCGCGCCUCAUUUUGAACACCCUUGUUGUAGAUGACCUCACGCCUGCAGGAUCCAAACUCCCACCGAAGCCAUCAGAGGCUUCAUGAUGAGGAAACACCUCAGCGGCUCUCAGGUCACAGCCUGACCUCUGACCCCUGAGUGGGUCUUCAUCUUCCUCCUGCCAUGUUUAUCCCAGCUGAGCCGCGGACAGCAGGAAGCUCUAAGUAAGAUGGAGGUGAAGCGAGUGGUGAUGAAAUAUUGACAAGACGUUUCGGCUGAGAGCGACGCGGGAACAUGGAGGUGGCGUUGCCGUGGCGACUCGGCUUUAACCGAUGGCUCCUCAGAACCAAACGGAACCAGAACCUCUGGGUUCUACAGCCGGACCGGGUCACGAUCCCACCGAGCCGCAGACAGGAAGCACAUGCUACGCCGGCCCAGAAAGAGCUGGGUACAGCUUCUGUGUUGUCAUGGCAACCAGCACAACGCCGUCCCGUUGUCCCAGCGAAGCGGAUUGGUCGGGGCAGAAACUAGCAUCCUCCCCGUCUGGAAGCAGCCAGAGGUUAAAGGUCAGCGUCCAGAGGAGGACGUUUGGAUCGUCUGAAUCUGCCGAAAACAAACGAAGACAGAGCAGGAAGAGCGUCUCUGGGUGGGACGUAAAUCCAGCCAGGGACGUCUGAGCUUCACUCCAACAUCUGACCAGAACCAGAACCGUAACCAUCCUGAGAGCCAGGAGGAUCAGAACCCCGAUCUGCUCUCACUGACUAAAACACAGCGCAUCAAACAUUGAUGGCGACUCCAACUGGAUUUACUUCGACUGAAGAGCCGCUCUAAAUCAUUCAUCAGACACAACAUUCCACCGGAACCAGGACCAGGUUCCAACGCUUCCAGAACUCCACCAGAACCAGUUCAAUGGGUCCAGGACUCCCAACAGAACCAGCUCACCACCAGGUGAUGGUUCCAGGUCGGUCCAUGGUUCUGGUUCUGAUCCAUCUGACUCAGCGGUUCUGAAGGUGCAGACCUUCAGAUGUUGGACUGCAGAACCAGAACCAUCCGAACCAGAACUGAACUCCAGCUGAGAUGAACUGAAUAAAGUUUUGCUAAAGCUAACCCUCUGUUCCUCUUCUCCUCUUCAUCCUCCUCCUCUUCCUCAGAUCUAUCUGUC